AUGAAACUAAAAGAAUUGCCACCACCGUUAUUUUUUCAUUGCAUUUUUCAUAAACAUGCAUUAUGUGCCAAAAUUACAUCAUGGGAUUCAAUAAUGAAAGAUGUAGUGUUAAUUGUAAAUUUCAUACGAAGCAAUGGUUUGAAUCACCGACAAUUUCAAAAUUUUUUGGUUGAAGUAAAUGCAGAAUAUGGCAAUGUAUUGUACUCCGCAGUUAGAUGGUUAAGCAGAGGUCAUGUAUUUGAGCGGUUCUUGAUGUCACGUCAGGAAAUAUACGAUUUUUCGGAAGAAAAUGGAAAAGACGCUUCCAUGAUCAAUAAUCAAAACUUGGAUUUUUGA